AUGAAAACAUUUUUAUCUUUAAAAAAUAAUUUUCAGAAUAAAAUAUUAUCCGUUCCUCAAGUAAAACUUGGUAGAAUCUGGGGACAAUAUUUUCAAAGUAUAUCAAAAAAAAUAAUCCUUAAAAAACCUCAAUUUUAUUGUGAUUUAUUUAGUUUAAGAUUUUAUCCAAGAAAAGAUUUGAAUACACCUUCUUCAAACGGUGAAAAUAUUGAAAGAAGUGUUUAUAGAAUUAGUCGCCAGUCAAAUAUCUAUUACCUUAGAGGGUUAAUUCGUAUAACUGUUUUAACGUCUAAAAAGAGGAUAUCAAAUGUUGCAUGUAUUAGAUCUAAAAUACGUCGGCGUUUAAGAGAAGCUGCUCGCCAAGUUUUACUUUCUCGAAAUAAAAAUAAUUUUCCUUAUUUACCAGUUGUACCAUAUGAUUUAUUUUUUGUAGCAAAAGCAAAUAUACUAAAUGAGGAUUGGAAAAAAUUACUUUGGUAUGUAAAAAAAGGACUACAAAAGGCUCAACAAGUAUUAAAUAAUGGACAUGCAUCAGAUAUGUUUAUUUCAAUUAAAACAAAUGAUUUGAAGAAUCUUCCUAUAGAGGAUUCAUGUUUAAAAAAAGGAUCAAAUCAAAAAAUUCUCACUUAUCAGUCUUUUAAAACGAAGCUUUUAAAUGAUCUGAAGAGACAAGAAAUAUCUUCUCAAUCUAAUAACCUUAUUUCGCUUCAAUUUAUUCAUUUUGUUAUAAAACUAACAAAUUCACCGUGUAGUACAUCAACAGAUAUCCUUUCUAAAAAUAUACUUUUUUUAUUAGAACAUUAUAAAUUAAGAAAAAUUACAUUAUUUGAUGUAGAAGCAUUAACAAAUUCUUCUAAACAAUUCUAUGAUUUAAAUACUAAUGAAAAUUCUGAUAUUAAUAAAGUGUUAGAAAUAGAUGAUUAG